CACGGAGUCUGACCUGAUGCAGACGCAAGGGGGUUAAUAUGAACGUCCCUUUCGGUGGAAUCUGGCUUUGGCUCCCUCUGCUCUUGACCUGGCUUACCCCUGAGGUCAGCUCUUCAUGGUGGUACAUGAGAGCUACAAGUGGCUCUUCCAGGGUGAUGUGUGACAACGUGCCUGGCCUGGUGAGCCGCCAGCGACAGCUGUGCCACCGACACCCAGAUGUGAUGCUUGCCAUUGGCCUGGGCGUGGUUGAGUGGACAGCAGAGUGCCAGCACCAGUUCCGCCAGCAUCGCUGGAACUGCAACACGCGGGACAGGGACCACAGCCUCUUUGGCCGUGUCCUGCUCCGAAGUAGUCGGGAAUCUGCCUUUGUUUACGCCAUCUCCUCAGCUGGAGUUGUAUUUGCCAUCACCAGGGCCUGUAGCCAAGGAGAAUUAAAAUCCUGUUCCUGUGACCCAAAGAAGAAGGGAAGUGACAAGGACAGCAAGGGCACCUUUGACUGGGGUGGCUGCAGUGACAACAUGGACUAUGGGAUCAGAUUUGCUCGUGCAUUUGUAGAUGCCAAGGAACGGAAAGGGAAGGAUGCCAGAGCCCUGAUGAAUCUUCACAACAAUAAAGCUGGCAGGAAGGCUGUAAAGCGGUUCUUGAAACAAGAGUGUAAAUGUCAUGGUGUGAGUGGCUCCUGCACACUGAGGACAUGCUGGCUGGCCAUGGCUGACUUCAGGAAAACCGGUGACUAUCUCUGGAGGAAAUAUAAUGGGGCCAUCCAGGUUGUUAUGAACCAGGAUGGCACUGGUUUCACUGUGGCUAACAAGAGAUUUAAGAAGCCAACGAAAAAUGACCUCGUGUACUUUGAGAAUUCUCCAGACUACUGUAUCAGGGACCGAGAGGCUGGGUCCUUGGGUACAGCUGGCCGUGUGUGCAACCUGACUUCCCGAGGCAUGGACAGCUGUGAAGUCAUGUGCUGUGGGAGAGGCUAUGACACCUCCCAUGUCACCAGGAUGACCAAGUGCGAAUGUAAAUUUCACUGGUGCUGUGCUGUGCGCUGUCAGGACUGUCUGGAGGCCCUGGAUGUGCACACGUGCAAGGCUCCCAAGAGUGCCGACUGGACAACUCCUGCAUGACCCCAAGAGAGGUCAUCAUCCACCUUCCUUCCCCCAUGGACUCCAUUGAUCUGCAGGACACUGGACCUCUGGGUUUUCUUCAGAGGGAUGUUUCCCAAGGCCUGUGGCCUUUGUCUCAGCAGAGGCCCUUCUCCCACCCUGGGUUCCCAAGACAGGGGGCCAUGUGCUACAUAUAAACUAUACCCUAUCCUAUCCAUCUUGGGCACUCUGGGGUCCCCUCUCUUCCUGCUGAGUUCUCUUAGGAAACAGAAUGAUGGGCUGUUAGAGGAGGGCUAUGGGCCUACACCACUGUCACCUAGACAUUUCCUCUUUCUGGAGCAGUUGGCCAUAGGGAAAAAGAACAUCUGAGAAGAGCUUUUUCUGUGAAUUCCUACAAACACUCACUGUUAAGAGAGUC